AUGUUAAUUAGAGAAUUUCGUGUUGUUUUACCACUUACAGUUGAAGAAUAUCGUGUUGGUCAAUUAUAUUCAGUAGCAAAAACCAGUUCACAAGAAACCUCAAAUGGUGAAGGUGUUGAAGUUUUAGUUAAUGAACCAUACAAGGAACCAGAACAUGAAGGUCAAUACACUCAUAAAAUAUAUCAUCUUGGUUCACGUCUUCCAGGUUGGAUUAGAGCUCUCAUUCCAUCAUCUGCUUUAAAAUUAGAAGAAAAAGCUUGGAAUGCUUAUCCAUAUUGUAAAACCGUUUUAAAAAGUCCAUUUUUAGGUGAAAAAUUCACUUUUAUCAUUGAAUCUCGUCAUGCUCAAGAUAAUUGUAAAACUGAAAAUAUUCAUAACCUUUCAGAAAAAGAAUUAAAAGAAAGAACAGUUGAAGUUAUUGAUAUUACAAAACCAAUUAAAGAUCCAAAAAAUUAUAAAGAGACUGAAGAUCCAACAAAAAUCAGAUCAGAGAAAGCAAACCGUGGUCCAUUAGAAGAGGAGAAAUGGAGAGAAAGUACAGAAAUGCCAAUUAUGACAUGUUACAAAUUAGUCACUGUCGAAUUUAAAUAUUUUGGAUUCCAAACUAAAGUUGAAAACUUUAUGAUGGGUAUUGAAUUUGAUCUCUUCACCAAAUUCCAUAGACAAGUCUAUUGUUGGUUAGAUGAAUGGUUCGGAAUGUCAAUGGAUGACGUUAGAGCUUUCGAAUUAAAAACUAAAGAAGAUCUUAAAAAGAAAUUAGAAGAAAAAGAUGAAAAUAAAGCCGCCGAAAAAUAA